AUGCCGCCUCCCGCACCAACCGCAGCGCGCCACUUGGCCUCCCGCGCCGUCCCUACCGCCGCGGCCCGCCGGGCCCAGGCGCGGCCCGCCCAGGCCCGCGCGGCCGCCCGAGCCCCCCUGCCCGUCGCCUCCAGCGUCGGCGCCCCGCCGCCGCCUGGCCCGCCCCGCUCGCCCCGCUCGCCACCCCGCGCGCCUCCUCCCUCCGCCGCCGCGCGCCUCGCCACCGAUCGUCGCCGCCGUCCACCACCGCCGCGAGCUCCGCCGCCACCUCGCGCCACCACCCGCGCAACCGCCGCACCUUGCCUCGCCUACCCCGCCGUCCGGUCGCCGGCGCGCCGCCUGCCGCCGCCGCGGUCCUCCUCCUCGCCGUCUCCUCUCCCUCCGCACCGGUCUGCGCCGCUCGCCGGAGUUCCGGCCCGAGCCGAACCCUAG